CCCAUCCUCACCUCACCAUGUCCGACUCAGAGUCUGCCACGUCGGCCUCGUCCGCCGCCUCUUCCUCCGGCUCGGCGUCGCCCGAGCCCGUCGCCUCGUCGUCGCGCCUCGAGGCUGCCGCCGCCGAUGAGCGCGUGCCCUCGUUCGCCGAGCUCGGCGUGCACCCUUCCAUCUGCGAGGCGGCCGCGACGAUGAACUUCAAGGCGCCCACGCCCAUCCAGGCGCAAGCCAUCCCCGAGGCGCUGGCGGGGUGCGACGUCAUCGGCCUGGCUCAGACGGGCUCGGGCAAGACGGCGGCGUUCAGCAUCCCCAUCCUGCACGCGCUGUGGGACGACCCGCAGCCGCUGUUCGCCGCAAUCCUUGCGCCGACGCGCGAGCUGGCGUACCAGAUCGCACAGCAGAUCGAGGCACUCGGCAGCGUCAUUGGCGUGCGCUGCGCCACCAUCGUCGGCGGCAUGGACAUGAUGACACAGAGCAUCGCCCUCUCGAAGCGCCCGCACAUCGUCGUCGCCACGCCUGGCCGGCUGCAGGACCACCUGGAGAACACGAAGGGCUUCAGCCUGCGCAACCUCAAGUACCUGGUGAUGGACGAGGCAGAUCGGCUGCUCGACAUGGACUUCGGCCCGGUGAUCGACAAGCUGCUGCAGGCCAUCCCGCGCGAGCGGCGCACCAUGCUCUUCAGCGCCACGAUGACGACGAAGGUGGCGAAGCUGCAGCGUGCCAGUCUAAAGAAUCCGGUGCGCGUCGAGGUCGGCACCAAGUAUCAAACAGUCUCGACACUCUCGCAGCACUACCUCUUCAUGCCGUUCGCGCACAAGGACACGUACCUCGUGCAUCUUGCCAAUGAGCAGGUCGGCCAGUCGGCGCUCAUCUUCACACGCACGGUGCAUGAUGCGCAGCGCCUCUCGGUGCUGCUUCGCAUGCUCGGCUUCCCAGCCAUUCCGCUGCACGGCCAGCUCUCGCAGACGGCACGUCUGGGUGCGCUCAACAAGUUCAAGGCCGGCGGCCGCAGCAUUCUGGUCGCGACGGACGUGGCCUCGCGUGGUCUCGACAUUCCCGCCGUCGACCUCGUCGUCAACUACGACAUCCCGACGCACUCCAAGGACUAUAUCCACCGCGUCGGCCGCACGGCGCGUGCUGGCCGCAGCGGCAAGAGUGUGACGCUCGUGACGCAGUACGACGUCGAGCUGCUGCAGCGCAUCGAGGCCGUCAUCGGCGAGAAGCUCAGCGAAUUUCCGGGCUGCGAGAAGGAGACCGUCAUGAUGCUGGCGGAGCGCGUGGGCCAGGCGAGCCGCGAGGCGGUGCGCGAGAUGAAGGAGUGGAAGGGCGGCGCUGGUGGCGCGGGCAAGCGCAAGCGCAGAGGAGACAAGGACGACAUGGACCGCGACGACGAUGUCGUCGAGGCUGGCGUGCCCGGCGGCGGUGCCUCGCGCGGCGGCGGCGCACGGCGAGGCGGUGGCGGCGGCCGGGGCGGACGCGGCGGCGGCAAGAAGAGCCGGAGGUAG